GAAAACGCGCUUUGGUAUUUUGUCCUGAAUGCUGUGCCGUACAUUUGCCGUAAAACAGCAGUAAGUGUCACAGCUGCGGCAGCAGAGGUCAACAAACAGCUCAGCAUGGGAGGUGACCAUGGCCACAGCAAGAUGUCCAUGCCAGACUGGCGGCAGUGGAAGGCGGAGGGAACACCACUGGAGUUCACACAGCAGAGGCUGGCAGCCAGGGGCCUCAAGGACCCAUGGGCACGUAACGAGGCUUGGAGAUACUCGGGCGGUUUCGCUCGUGCCGUGACUCUGUCUGAUGUGCUGCUGAGAGGGUUCAAGUGGGGCUUUGCUGCAUUUACUGUUGCUCUGGCUGUGGAGUACGCCCUGUUCCCACCAAAGAAAGGUGGCCACUAAUGCUCAUCACUGUCCCUCAAGCCCAGACCAUAAUGUCUAAUAAUAUUCUGUAUUUUCUGUUAAUUAAAUGUUUUUUUGAUCACU